UGGUGGCGGGUCCAUGGGAUUACAAGGUUUUAGAGAGGUUUGAACCUCAUCCGCAUCAUCCGAGUGAGUGACGCAGUGGUCUCUCUCUGCCUGAAACAACGAAAGAGGGAUUGAAAAAUUGAUUGAGAGAGUAAAAUGACAUUGGCAUAUUCAUUCCCCAGUCCACAACUUCACGCAUUCGACAACAGCACCAGGAAUCAACUUCACCGCCUUCAGAUAAAAAGAAAGCCUCACAAAACCCUCCAUUUUCUCGUAAUCUCAACCUCUUCCCCUUCCUCAACGCUCUUCUCAUGUUCCUCUUUCCCCCUCACUCACUCCACUCAAAUCCUUCAAUUCCGCCACCCUCACCUUCUCUCCACCAACGGCAACUUCGUAGUCGAAGACGUCGUCGCCUUCGAGGACGAGCCCAGGAGGAUCUUCGUCCAGGAACCGCCCUGGAUUUCGUCGCUUUUGCUCAAGGGAUGGCUGAUGCGAGCGGAACAAGAGCAAGAGGAAGAGGCCAGGAAGAAGGAAAAGGAGAAGGAAAAGGAGAAGGAAAAGGAGAGGGAGAAGCACAAUUCGCUCAGGCGCCGACAGAUUGAGGCCGAGACCGAGGCGUGGGAGAGGAUGGUGGAGGAGUACAGGGAAUUGGAGAGGGAGAUGCGCCAGAAGAAGUUGGCGCCCAAUUUGCCGCACGUGAAGGCGCUUCUAUUAGGCUGGUUCGAGCCGUUCAGGGAGGCCGUGGCUGCGGAGCAGACGGCGCACCGUGCUCGGCCUAAGAAGCAGCAGGAUUCCAUUGCUCCACAUGUGGAUGACUUGCCGGCUGACAAGGUGGCGGUUAUUGUGAUGCAUAAGAUGAUGGCUAUGGUAAUGGAGAAUGAGGAAGGGUGUGUUCAGCUUGUUCAUGCUGCUGUUCAUGUUGGCAUUGCCUUGGAACAAGAGGUUAGGAUUCAUAGGUUCAUUGAAGGAAAUAAAAGUAGCCAGAGUAAGAAGACAGAGGCUGGUGCUGAAGAUGGUUCAGAUAGUGACACAGAGAAACAAAGGAAGUAUUUAAACAGUUUAAUUAAAAAAAAUAGACUGAAAGAAGUGCAGAUGGUAUUGAGAAAAGAAGAAUGUUGUCCUUGGAGCCGGGACACCCAGGCUAAGCUGGGAAGCCGAUUAAUAGAAUUAUUAAUUGAAACAGCAUAUGUACACUCUCCGGUUAAUCAGUCUGCCGAUACUCCGCCUGAUAUUCGACCUGCUUUCAGGCAUGGGUUUAAAGCUGUACCAUGGCAUCCAGGGCAAAAAUUUUCAAAGAAGUAUGGCGUUAUACAAUGUGAUCCCUUAAUCCUAGCUGGGCUUGAAAAAUGUGCUAAGCACAUGUUAAUACCUUACAUGCCAAUGCUAAUACCUCCCAAAAAAUGGAAAGGAUAUGACAAGGGAGGGCACUUGUUCUUACCAUCUUAUAUCAUGCGUACUCAUGGCUCUAGGAAGCAGCUAGAUGUAAUGAAGAAUGUCAAAGGGGCACAAAUGCAAAAAGUUUUUGAGGCCUUGGAUAUUCUUGGCAGCACCAAAUGGCGAGUAAAUAGAAGAUUGCUUGGAGUUGUAGAGGCCAUCUGGGCUGGAGGAGGUAACAUUGCAGGACUGGUCGACUGUAAAGAUGUGCCUUUACCAGAUAAGCCACCUGUAGAGGAUUUAAAGCAAAUUCAAGAGUGGAAAUGCAGAGUAAGGAAGGCAAAAAAAAUUAAUCUAGAACGGCAUUCUCUAAGAUGUGACACUGAACUUAAGCUUUCUGUGGCACGAAGAAUGAAAGAUGAGGAAGGAUUUUAUUAUCCACACAAUCUUGACUUCCGUGGCAGAGCAUAUCCUAUGCAUCCUCAUUUGAAUCAUUUAGGUUCUGAUCUGUGUCGAGGACUCCUUGAAUUUGCUGAAGGGCGGCCAUUAGGAAAGUCUGGACUACAGUGGCUGAAGAUACACCUUGCAAAUUUGUAUGCUGGUGGUAUUGAGAAGAUGUCUUAUGAUGGGCGCCUAGGGUUUAUAGAGAAUCAUAUUCAUGAUAUAUUCGAUUCUGCUGAUAACCCUAUUAAUGGAAAUCGUUGGUGGUUAACGGCUGAGGAUCCUUUCCAAUGUCUUGCUGCUUGUAUUAAUCUAUCAGAAGCCUUAAGAAGCUCAUCACCAAAUUCGGUUCUCUCGCAUCUGCCAAUUCAUCAGGAUGGUUCCUGUAAUGGCUUACAGCACUAUGCAGCUUUGGGAAGAGAUAACCUGGAGGCUGCGGCAGUUAACUUGGUUGCUAAAGAAAAACCUGCUGAUGUUUACACAGAGAUUGCUGUUAGGGUUUAUGAUAUAAUGAGGCGAGACAGCAACAAAGACCCAGAUACCUUUCCAAAUGCUUUAUUGGCGAAGGUGUUGAUUGAUCAGAUUGAUAGGAAACUGGUCAAACAGACAGUAAUGACUUCUGUCUAUGGUGUUACUUAUAUUGGGGCACGGGAGCAAAUUAAGCGAAGAUUAGAGGAGAAAGGUCUCAUUACCGAUGAUAGACUCUUAUAUUCUGCAGCUUGCUAUGCUGCUAAGGUGACAUUGGCUGCCCUUGGAGAAGUUUUUGAAGCUGCACGUGGCAUUAUGGGUUGGCUUGGCGAUUGUGCUAAGGUGAUUGCUUCUGAAAACCAGGCUGUUUGCUGGACCACUCCUCUUGGUCUUCCUGUUGUACAACCGUACUGCAAAACUGAACGUUAUCAGAUCCGAACAUCUCUUCAGCUUUUGGCUUUGCAGAGGGAAGGAAGUGCGGUAUCUGUCAAGAAACAGAGAAGUGCAUUUCCUCCUAACUAUGUACAUUCAUUGGAUAGUUCACACAUGAUGAUGACUGCUCUAGCCUGCAGUGAUGCUGGCUUAUGUUUUGCAGGGGUUCAUGAUUCAUUUUGGACACACCCAUGCGAUGUUGAGCAAAUGAAUCAGAUUCUUAGAGAAAAAUUUGUGGAGCUUUAUAACAUGCCUAUACUUGAAAAUUUGCUUGAGGAUUUCCAGACUACGUAUCCAGGAUUGGAUUUCCCUUCAUUGCCAAGGAGAGGUGAUUUUGAUUUACGGAAGGUUCUUGAUUCUCCAUACUUCUUCAACUGAUCAAUUCUCUACAAUCAUUAUAAGUUGCUGUGGAGGCAUUCUUUACCUCUACAAUCAACAUCUGGGGCGUUCCUGUUUUGAAUGUGGAGAUGGGAACUAUGACCCGACAUUGCUUCUGGAGAAGGUCAAGAAGGAAAGAAAAUAAGUUCUGAUAGUACUUUGAAGUAGUGUCUUGCUCUAGAAUGCUCAGAACUUAAUACUAAUUUGAAGAUUUAUAUGCGGUGGCUUCAGGUAGAGAUAAGCUUAUCGCCCCUGAAAUUUAUAAUCAACAUUCAGGGAAGGAAAUUUACCACGAAAUUUUAAUGUUGGUGAUAUCCCAAUACCUGAAUUGAGUUGCUGCUGGGCAAUAGACGUGGCUAGUGCUAAAUGCUUGCAGCAGAAUCUUUUGUACAGUGCGGAACCUAGGGCCAGAGCUAACCUUGACAAUGCAAAAGAUUUUUUCUUUUUACAUGUAAAAUAUAUGAUAGAUGUAUUAUAGUGUAGAUCAGAGGAAGUUUGUUACGAAUACAAACCAAUGUUAUUUCUGAUUUCUAAUAAUUAUUUACAUGGAAUUCAAUUAUAUAGUGUAUUAUAUUGAGAACAAAAACAAACGGAAGGUAGAGUUCAUCCUUUUCAAUCU